AUGGAACGACCAAUAAAUUCUAGGAGAUCCACUGUAUACUCAAUUAAAGGCAUCGUUUCUUCGACGCAACCACUUGCUAAUGCAGCUGGCAUUAAAAUUCUCUCACUGGGAGGUAAUUGUGUGGACGCAUGUGUUGCAGUCUCAGCUUGCCUUUGCGUUCUGGAGCCAUCGUCAACCGGCAUUGGCGGUGAUUGCUUCUCGUUGUUUUAUAAAAAUGACGAGAAAAAGGUCUAUGGAUUGAAUGGAAGCGGUCGAUCGGCAUCUUCUUUGAGUCUCGAUUGGCUCAGGGUGAACUAUCCCAACCAUAUCUUACCCAGUCUUAGGUUUAACAGGGAUUCGGUGUUCAAAGUUCAGGUGCCAGGGGCAAUUGCAGCGUGGUGCGAUUUAAUCGAUACUUGGGGAAGCGGAAAGGUCACACUCGAAGAUGUCCUUGCUCCAGCCAUUGAACUAGCUGACAGCGGUUUUGUAGUUUCGGAAAUUAGUGCGUGCCUAUGGAAAGAUGCUGAAAGAAAAUUGAAACGAGUCAAUGAUGCGGCUCAGCUAGCAGUAUUUUUGCCUAAUGAUGGUCUGAAAGCACCAGUGAAGGGUCAAUUCAUGCAGAACAAAGCGUUGGCCCAAACCUUAAGAAUUAUCGCUAAAAAUGGUAAGAAAGGCUUUUACGAAGGAGAGAUUGCGAAGUCCAUUGUUUCUGAAUUAUCGAAAAGAGGCUCUCUGAUAUCUGAAAAAGACCUGGCUAGUCACACAUCAACUUUUGUGGAGCCUAUAUCUUAUUGUUUUCUGGGGUGCAAGCUGUGGGAGAUUCCUCCUAAUGGAUCGGGAAUAGUUGCGCUGCUGACUCUGGGGCUCAUCAAAGAGUUGGAUGAAACAGGUGUCAUAGAUUUAAAAAGCAUGCAACACAAUUCAGCCGAGUAUCUGCAUAUUCUUGCCGAGUGUUUGAAGCUGAGCUUUAAGGACUCGGAUGAAUAUGUCAAUGAUUUUGAAUAUUUCAUCAAGAGCCAUGACCUGGACCAAAAUAUUACCUUAAAAAGCUUACUAUCACAGAGCUACUUGCGUGAGCGUAUAGCUCUAUUUAAUAAGGAUAAAAUUAUCACUAAUCGGCACGUCAAGCACGGAGUUCCGAAUCCAAUCUUCAAAUCGGAUACUGUCUAUUUAACAGCUUCAGACGAGGAAGGGAACGCUUGUUCCUUCAUCAACUCGCUGUACGAGAAUUUUGGUAGCGGGAUUGUCGUUCCUGACAAAGGGUUUGUGCUCCAGAACAGAGGUGGAAAUUUUAACCUAAACCCCCAAAGUAAGAACUGCUUGGCGGGAAACAAGCGAUCGUAUCACACCAUUAUUCCCGGGAUGAUAACAGUACCCGAUCAGCAGAGAGCCGGCUUCGAAAAUCUAUAUGCCAGCUUUGGGGUAAUGGGCGGUUUCAAUCAACCUCAAGCUCAUGUGCAGGUUUAUCUUAACUUGUUACUAUUCAAUAUGGAUCCACAAGAAGCACUUGAUGCUCCUAGAAUAUGCUUGUUUCCCCAUCCAGAUCUAGAGGCAACCGACACUGGCCUAGGAUCAGACGGCCCUGCAAGCCGUGACGUGACUUGUAUUGGUCUAGAGGAUGGGAUCUCUGGGGAAGCUGCGGUACGACUUACUGAGUUGGGCCAUGACGUCAGGUUCUUUCGGAACAAUGACAGAAAACUAUUUGGUCGAGGACAGAUCAUCCGUAAAGAAAGCGGUCCCGAGACAAGCGGGCAUCUAGUGUACAGUGGAGGCAGUGACUUGCGCGGCGAUGGUGCCUCAGUACCGUUAAUCUAG